CUACUGUGUAGACACACAGUUAUCAGCGCGCUAUCAGCGGGAACGUUCCACUCUGCUCCAGACCGCCACAGCAGCCUGUAAUCAUAGAAACCAUGGCCACGAUUACGAUCAAGUGUAAAGACACAAAUCUGGACCCUCUGCCAGUCAAGAUUGGUAUAAUUGGCGGUUCCGGCCUGGAUGAUCCCGAUAUCCUGGAGCACCGCCAUGAGCGGGUGGUAGAGACGCCGUAUGGCGAACCAUCGGAUGCCCUGAUAGAGGGCGAAAUCAAUGGGGUUCAGUGCGUCCUCCUAGCGCGCCAUGGACGCAAGCACGACAUCAUGCCCUCCAACGUUAACUACCGCGCCAAUAUCUGGGCUCUGCGCGAGGUGGGCUGCACCCACCUAAUCGUGUCGACGGCCUGCGGUUCCCUGCGCGAAGAAAUACAGCCUGGCAACCUGGUGAUUCCUCACGACUUCAUAGAUCGCACCACCAAACGCCUGCAGACCUUCUACGAUGGCAAAGACCAAAGUCCACGUGGUGUUUGCCAUCUGCCGAUGUUUCCGGCAUUCAGCGAACGCACCCGCAACGUCCUGAUCGAAGCGGCCAAGGAGCUGGAGAUACCCACCCACGAAAAGGCGACCAUUGUGACAAUCGAGGGUCCGCGCUUCUCAUCCCGCUCUGAGAGCCACAUGUUCCGGCUAUGGGGCGGCGAUCUGAUCAACAUGACCACAUGCCCGGAAGUGGUGCUGGCCAAGGAGGCUGGCCUGCUCUACGGCUCGGUGGCCAUUGCCACGGACUACGAUUGCUGGCGCAUGGGAUGCGAGGGCGUCAAUGUGCAGGAUGUCCUAAGAACCUUUGCCGAGAACGUGAUCAAAGUUAAGAAGAUCCUGGUCAAUGCAGUGGGACGCAUUGCCAAAGAAGACUGGUCGGAGGAUAUACUGAACGCCAAGAAAUGCGUCUGCGACAACACCAUGUCGGGAGCCAUGUGACGUUUCAUAAAACUAUGCCAUGAAAUCACACACGAGACGCUGAUGCGCCACAAACAGCCAUGCGUGCCACCGCCUUUCUAUCAUCAGUUCCAGCGCCAGCGAAUGCCCAAAGUCCACUCCAUUUCCAUUACGUACGAACUGGAGCCGGAGUACAAAGAAGAGCAGCCAACGAAGGUUCCCUUUAAAUGUGAAACUGUAACCUCGGCAUCGGGGUCCUCGCAGUAAAAAUAUAGCUACAUAAUUACGUGUGA